AUGAAGCCGUUGAUUUUUCCAUCACUUUUUCCCCAAGAUCUUCAUUCUUUAUGGUAUAAACCACAUCAUUUAUUAUCAGAUUCAGGAAGUCAAAUUGGAAAGUCUCAGCUAGAUCUUGAUGAGGCUGAAUAUGAAAAUAAAAAACUUGUUAUUCGGUCAUUCGGAUCAACUUGGAUAAGACCGGUUGGUAUUCAACAAACAAUUCGUGAACAAGAAGAAUUGGAAUCAGCAAUGAAUGAAGAAAUGGAUGAAGAUGAUGAAAUUAAUCAAGAUCCUUCUUUAGGAGAGGUUGGCCAUGAAGAUGUAGAAGAAGCGGAUUUAGAUGCAGCCAUUCCUGAAGUAAUUAGUUCUGAACAAGGAUCUGAUGAGUUUGAAGAUAGUUUUCAGAGUUUUCUGCAAUCUCAUAAUCAAAGAAGACAAUUAGCAGAAACAAGUAUCGAUAUUUCUUUAAGUCCUUUUGAUCCUUUGAGACAAAGGGCUUUAGAAAUCGAUUCUGGUCUUGAUGUUCAUGAUGGAGAUAUAAUGGUUUGGGAUGGAAAUGUUAUAACAUAA